AUGACGAGUCCCGCCAGUUCGUUGAUAUCACGCGUGACCAUUCAUGUGGGGGAUAGAAAUCCCCGACUGCCGGAGGUACCCAACCACCGUGUUUUGAUGCGCUUCGAGCCAGGAUACGCGGUGAGAGCCGAUCCGAGAACCCACAUGCUACAAACUCUAAGACGAAAAUGGGAUUUUCUUGCUACCCUUGAUGGAUAUCUACGACCAGAAUGCCAAAAAAUGGGUCGCUAUGUCUGCGCAAAUGACAUGGACCUGCUUUUAAUCAACAUUGCACCAGACGGUGAUGUCUUAAAUGUGAUAUGGGCAAAGAAGUCGUUGGUAUACACUCCACUACCAUCAAGCAACCGUUCCGUGCCACACACCCUCUUCUCUAAGCAACACACCCUCCGACCCCAACAAGAACGAGCAGCGUACGGAGAGAUUCCUGCUCCACACAUUUCCGAUCCGGACCACGAACUGUCAUGCCCCUGGAACAGGCUGGAAAGCUUCAUCCUACAGCUACAAACUAGCCCUCCCGACUCGCAGGUUCAGCCCGAAUUGAUACGUCACUUCGAGCAUGCUGGAUUCGGCCGAUUAAUUGGAGUGAAAGUAGAGAAACUUGGGCAUUGCUCUGAGCAACCAGAAUCAUCAAUUUUAAGUGGAAGUAAGAAUCUCGCUUUGCAAUUUAGUAGGCGCGGAAUUUUAUUUGCGAAUAAACUAACCCAUACUUGA